AUGACAAUGGCAUUUCCAGCCCUUCAUGGAGGGUCCUCUUCAUCGCACCAGACAACGGCCAAGCUGGAACUCGACAACCCCGAGAAAGCUAUCACACAGCUCAAAGCCAUUCGAAACUCAGUCAUUGGAUCCAGAACCAAGAAAUCCAAUCUGGUCAACACUGGCAUCAUCGAGCAACUCGUCCAGCUGCUUCGCAUGGAUCUCAACUCGACUGCACACGCGUCCGAUCUCGUCAGCCUCUCCGCUACCAUCGUUGCGUCGCUCGCCAACACUCCGGCCCAGUCCACUCUACUUCAACUCAUGCGAUCCGGCACCCACGAUGCUCUGCUCUGCUGCCUUCGAAACUUGAGCCACGAACUUAACCGAUCCAAGCGUCACGUGCUGGAUCAGCAAGAGACUGGCCUCGAUGCUCUCAGGCUCCUCGAGUCCAUUCUGAGGGCCCUUCGCUCGAUCCUGCUGUCAGUAGCUAAUCAGCUCGCAGCGAGCCCAAGAUGGGGCAUCGGCUCGAGUUUUGGUACCAAAGCCGCAUCCUCCGGCGUCGCUAUCGCUCGCAACGGCUCGAAUGCCGCUGCAUCCAAGAUCUUCGGCAAGAGCAGUCGCGAUUCUAUCCCCGCCAAGUCGGCGACCAUUCCAGAUAUCCUUAUGAACAGCGCAAGCCAUGACAAUCUGAGGGCAAAGGUCAAAGAGCAAAGCGUCGAAACCGAGGCGGAUGAGCAGCGCGAGCUACGCCGUCUCUCGAGACUGUUCCUCGACCAAAUCUAUGACCCGUCCAACUUGCCAUAUCUGCUAGGUCCGCUCUUCAUGUGCGCCGUGCCUGUGCAGCAGGCAUCUGCAGCGCUGUCGGCUUCUCCGCGACCUGGCAAGGCGUCCUUGCCGACUCAAGCAGCGAGCUCUUCAACAAGCACGACGGCCAGUGCCAGCUCUCCACGCAUCUCGGACUACCACCUGCACACACCGGCAUCGAAUUCCGCCGCAACGACUCGAGCGAUGCUGGACGUCGAGUCUCUGCCGAUGACAGUAAAGACUCGGAUCCUGAGCGUGAUCGAGAUGGUCUGCGCCAUCCUUUCAGCGACCCUCUUCAUCCCUGGUGCAAGCUCCGAAUCGUUCGGCAAAGCAGUGAGCUCGAUCUCAGAGCAGAUCUCGCGUCGACGAGAGAGGAUUCUCUCCUUUACCGAAUUCGAUAGCCCUUUCGUGCCAGGUUCCAUCGCCGAAACGACAUCCCGUGGUCGCUCAGAGGCGGUUCCGGUCAGCCGAGUCGCUCCUGAGCUGCAAGCUGAGGUCAUCCGCAAAGGCUCACGAUCCCGAUCGCGCAUGAAGGACGCAGAUGGUGUCGACACGUUUGGCGCACUUCCGCUGCCACCGUGGCAUGAAGAUAUCACAGACGCACUACGAGCCCAGCCUGAUCUUGUCCCCUCUGGUCCUGCUUCUGUGCUCACCGUGCUGCUCGCGGCUGCCGAGUGCGGGUUUGCCAAAGCGCAGGAGGCAGCGCUCUACUGCCUCGCCGAGAUCACGCGCGAUGAACCGGAAGCAUCGCUGCGGCUCUUCCACUGCACAGCGCCGUCCGGCAUGUUCCCGACCUCCGUCUUGCUUGGUCUUCGUCAGACCAGCAGCGCCAACGUCCGACUCGCCGCAUUUGGAUGCCUCGCCAACAUCAUCAAGGUCCACCCUUUUACCGCCAAGACGAACCAGUGCGUGCUCGAAGUGCUGAUGGAGCUGCUUGAUUACACCCCCGCUGGAAUGCCGACGACAGCGUCGAAUGUUCCAGCGUCGCAACUUCAGGGAUCGAGUCAGGUCGAGAUACAGAUCCAAGCAGCGUUCGCUAUCGCUCGGCUCGUUGCCGACAACGUCACGUUGCAGACGUUGGCCACGGAAAGCUACCAUGCGCUGCAAAAGCUCGCCUCGCUCCUCGACAAAGCGUGUACACGCAGUCAACCUGCUAGCAGCGCGAAGGUGGAACGUGCGAACGCCGCAACGACCAUCCUCGGAAACAUUGCGGUCAGCACGCCUCGCAACGAUGCCAGCACGAUCGGCGUGGCUCCGCCCACCAUCGACGAAUCCGCCAUCCGACUCCGCGAAGCCUGCUUGACCGCACUAGCAGCGCUCACCUUCCAGCACGACGAACCACGUCGCAAGCUGAUCGACACCGUCCAACCACCCGUGCUGGCUCUGGUGGUAUCGAGUAUCAGCUUCCCUGCUCUAGGUGUCAGGAUCGCUGCUUGUCGGUUGAGCCGAGCACUGUCUCGCAGCCUUUCCAUCUUGCGCACGUCCAUCGUGGACGCUGGAGUUGCGCCCAAGCUGGUUGCCCUGCUUCAGGAUCCUGCGGAGGAAGAGGUGGUCAAGGUGGAGGUGGCCGCUACGAUCUGCAAUCUCGUGUUGGAUUUCAGUCCGAUGAAGAAGGUGAUCCAGGAGCUGGGUGGAGUUGACACGCUGGUGGAGCUCGCACACGGAGGCGGUCUCAAGCAUGUUGAUGAGGACACAGGAUAUACGUUACAAGCAGCCGCUACGGUACCGGGUAGCGCACCGGCCGUUUUGGGAAAAGUUGGCGAUCCUCACGUUGGCUUGUCUGGAUCUCAGCAGCUUCGGUACCACGCACUGUGGGCGCUCAAGAACUUCCUAUCGCAUUCCGACACGGCUCUCAAGGUGGAUUUGAUGGCGAAGCUAGAUUUCGACUUUAUCGCGACGCUCUGCGAGUCUCUCACAGUCGAAUCGGCGCUCAAGGAACAAGCGUUGAACAUCAUCCGCAACGCAGCAGCGACCAAGGAAUCCGACGUGUCCUUCAUGGUGGAUGGCAUGGGAGGUGGCGCGCGACUCAUGUCGAUCUUGGAAAAGUGUAUCUGGGGCGGUCGAUCGGCAGGAGAGCCGGGAGCGGCGGUGAUCGAGCAAGCCGCUUUCGUCCUAGUCAAUGUGGCGACGGGAACGGAUGAACACAGACAGCUGAUCCUGCGAUCCCCGAACAUCAUGGAUGCGUUGGGAUUCUUCUGCAACCACCCGUGGAAGGAUGUCAGGGUUGCAGCGGCGAGGUGCAUCGGAAAUCUAUUGACGAGGAGCAAAUCGAGUUCGUCGACGACAACGACGGAUUCGCAGAGCGAGGUGGUGAGUGGAGACGUGUUUCCGGAUCUGCACUCGGAGGCAAAGGCGAGGUUGACAAGGUUCGGAUUGGAUGUCAAAGUGCGAGAGAUGGCUCAGAACGAUGUGGAACUGGAUGUGAGGGAGAGGGCAAAGUAUGCUCUCAACAAGCUGGGUACGGAUGCCAAGUGA